AUGGCGCGCAAUCAGCCCAUGAGCAUGGAGGCCAUGCUGGACGAGGAACGUAAGGAGGUCCUCGCCCUGCUCGAGGGGCGCUCGUCCCCCGAGGCCAUUCGCUCGACCUCGCCCUACACGACGCCUCGGUCGCCCGUCAGGAGCAUGCUCGACGUCGUCGACGAUGCCGCCAGCACCUCGAGCAAGAGCCCGCCCCGCGUCGCCCCCAUCCGCAGCAUGCUCGACGUCGACAGCCCCCCCAUGCACCCCGUGCGCAGGAGCAUGCUUGACAUUGACGUCCCCGCCGCCGGCCGCGCACCCAGCGGCCCCAACUCGCCCGUCGAGUCGAGGUCCUCCUUCCAGUCCAACCGCGCCCCCGCCCACCACCUGCGCUCCAUGUCCGACACGAGCUCCAAGCCCAGCUUUGGGCCUCGUGCCUCCAUCGGCGGUCGCCUUGACCCCACCGCCGGCUACCAGUUCUCCGACAUCAACACGAACAACAUUGGCCAGGCCCUGCCCAAGAGAAACACCCAGGCCGCCAAGUUUGGCGCCUCGUCCUCGGGCAACGUCGGCAGCACCAACGCCAUGGCCGAGGCCCUGCGCGGCAGUGAUCUCUCGAGCAUCAUCCUGCCCACCGACAGGACGGGCCGCCACGGCUCCAUCUCUGGCCCCUCGGGCCGUAGAAGCUCCAGCAAGAACAACACAAAGUCCAAGUCGCCCCACGGCAGGAUGGGCUUCCGCUCCCCCUCGCCCAACGUCUCGGGCCAUUUCCAGCAGAUCCCCGGCACGGCGGUCCUCGACGACGGCCGCGUCGUAGACAUUAGCAACGCCUACCGCAAGCUGUCCGACGCCAACCUCGCCUUUUCUGCCGGAAGCCUUUCGGGGCUGGCGCAUCGCAAGUCCAACGCAUCCGACAAUGCCAAGAAUGGAAGACUGGCCAAGGAUUACCUGAGCCCAGACGCUGCCGCAGCAGGGCCACAGCGACAGACACGCAGUCUGCUGGCGGCGGCCGAGGAAGAACGUAUCGAAGUGUCCACCAAUCAGCCAAAUCGACAGCCCGGGUACAGGUCACUCUUUGACGAGCCCGAGAUCACAGUCACGGGACCCAGUGGCGAGAGGGCCAAGCCUUCCAAGCCCGGUGUCCACCCCUCAACAGCAUUCGACCAGAGCCCGACAUCGGGCCCGCCAAGCGCUGUCGACUCUGACGAGGAGGCAGACCUGACGGACAUUAAGCGAGCACAAAAACUGGCCUUCUCCAUGACACCCGUCAUCUCGACGCCCGACUCCCACCGCACGAUUCGCAUCGUGUAUCGAGGUGAAUUCGAGGAGCUCGAGCGCGCGGCGGACGAAGAGGGCCGCACGUUGAGAAAGUACCUCGUGGCGACCGAUCUCAGCGACGAGUCGAGCCACGCGCUGGAGUGGACCAUUGGCACAGUCCUCCGUGACGGCGACACGCUCCUCGCGAUCUAUUGCGUCGAUGAGGAGACGGGCAUCUACGCGGACGAGAAUGUGCUGAUCCCCGACGAAGUCAAGGCGCACAAGGAGCAGGCGGCGGCGAUCAAUGCGGUGACGGCAGGCAAGGACGGACAGGGCAGCGCGAAUCCGGCGCCCAUCUUCCCGCACAUUUCACGGGCGACGGCCUUGGGCUUCGGGUCUAGGAGCUCGUCGCCGGCGCCGGCCAGCCGGGACAGGGGCAGAGCGGAGGAGGAGCGGCAGCGGGCGGUGGAGGAGAUCACGGAGCGGGUGACGAAGCUGCUGCGCAAGACCAAGCUGCAGGUGCGAGUGGUGGUCGAGGUUCUGCACUGCAAGAACCCGAAGCACCUCAUCACGGAGGUGAUUGACCUCGUCAGCCCGACACUGGUCAUUCUGGGCAGUCGGGGCCGCAGCGCACUCAAGGGCGUCAUUCUGGGCUCGUUCUCCAACUACCUCGUCACGAAGAGCUCGGUGCCGGUCAUGGUGGCACGCAAGCGGCUGAGGAAACACAGCAAGUACAAAAAGGGGCCGAUGGGCCAGGUCAACAACCUCAGCAACCCGGCGAGCCGCAGUCUCGCGAACGCCAAGAUCGAUUAG